AUGUCUGCAGAUUCCGUGAAUGAGUCCGGCAUCUCGACGCCGCCUUCAGAGCCAGUCUCUGAGAAGACCGAGCCACCAUCAUCACCACGAGAUGUGCAUGGUAUCAAGUGGGUGCUUGUCAUCUUCGCCUUGCUGUCAUCACUCUUCCUCUACGCUCUUGACAACACCGUUGUGGCCAAUGUUCAACCCAAAGUCGUCGAAACCUUCGGCCAUGUCGCCCUGGUCCCAUGGCUUGGAGUCUCCUUUGCGCUGGCUUCGGCUGCCACCACUUUAAUCUGGUCCAAAGCUUACGGCACAUUCUCCGCCAAAAAGCUCUACAUCGGCAGCACAACCGUUUUCAUGGGUGCUUCCGCACUCUGUGGUGGUGCGCCCGACAUCAACAGCUUCAUCGUUGGUCGUGCAAUUGCUGGCGCAGGUGGAUGUGGCAUGUACAUGGGCUUGUUGACUCUCCUCUCCGUGACCACCGACAAUGCCGAGCGACCUAAAUAUCUCAGUCUCACUGGCUUGAUCUGGGGUAUUGGCACGGUUCUCGGUCCCGUUGUCGGUGGAGCUUUCGGUGACAGCAGCGCAACUUGGCGAUGGGCGUUUUAUCUCAACCUGCUUGUCGGUGCUGUCGCAUCGCCCAUCUACUUCAUCUUGUUGCCCGAUUUCAAGCCUCAGAAGGGAACACCACUGAUGUCUCGCUUUGCUCAAAUCGAUUACCUGGGAGCUUUGCUUUCCAUCGGCACUCUUCUCUGUGUGAUCAUGGCAAUGAACUUUGGUGGUGUUUUGUGGCCGUGGAGUGACCGCAACAUCAUCGGACUGUUUGUGGGCUCCGGAGUCCUUUUUGUUCUCUUUGUCGUGCAACAAGUAUACUGCAUUGGGACCACUCUCGACAACCGCAUGUUCCCAAUGCAUUUCUGGAAGAGCCGUACUAUGAUUACACUGUUCCUGACUAUGAUGCUCGCGACCUUUGGCAGCUUCAUUGGCAUCUUCUACCUGCCUCUGUACUAUCAAUUCACCCGUGGCAGUACCGCUAUCCAAACCUCUGUCCACCUCUUGCCCUUCAUCCUGUUCCUUGUUGCCUUCAACUUGGGCAAUGGUCAGUUCAUGGGUAAGACUGGAUACUACUACCCGUGGUAUAUCGUCGGUGCUGCCCUUGAACUGAUCGGAGGUGUCCUGAUGUACCACGUCGAUGAGUUCACCUCCAACGCCAAGAUUUAUGGUUACACCAUCAUCCUCGGUACCGGCGUCGGUUGCUUCUGCCAAGCCGGAUUCGCCGUCGCCCAGAUGAAAGUGAAGCCCUCUGAAAUUCCUUACUGCGUUGGAUUCAUGACGGUCGGCCAAAUGCUCGGUAUUGUGUUUGGUACCGGUAUUUCAGGCGCCCUCUUUGUCAACUUGGCUCAGGAUGCACUUCGGACCGUCUUCCCCGGGGCUGAUGAGACUCAGAUCUCAAACGCCAUUUCUGGAGUGGGUAGCGGUCUGCUCCAAUCUGCGGGCUCGGCGGAGAAAGCGAUGGCUAUCCACGGCAUCACGAGAGCCAUCCAGAUGGCGUAUGUGCCCGUCAUCGCUGCAGGCAGCAUUUGCCUGAUUUGCAGUGUGUUGAUGAAGCGUGAGAAGGUCUUUGUUUAG